AUGGUCAAUCAUAUAGUCGAACAUAGUCUUAUUUCAAAAAAUCAACAUGGUUUUGUCAAUAAAAAAGCUUGUGUGACUAAUUUGUUGGGGUCAAUUGACAUGAUGUCAAAAGCAUUAUCUAUGGACGUAGCUUUUAUAGAUUUAAGUAAAGCAUUCGAUAUGGUUCCCCACAAAAGACUAAUUUACAAACUUGAGGUAUAUGGUUUUACUGGAAAUCUCCUGAAUUGGAUAAAUUUGUUUUUACACCAGCGUUUUCAACGAAUCGUGAUGGGCGAUUAUGUUUCCUUGUGGCUUGAGGUAUUUAGUGGCGUCCCUCAAGGAUCCGUCUUAGAUCCAAUACUUUUUAUCAUUUUUGUGAACAAUAUUUCCAAUAUUGUUAACCACUCAUGUAAAAUGUAUGCUGAUGACACAAAACUGCAGGCACGUUUAGACCACCCAUUAGCUUCACAAAAAUUUCAAACUGAUAUCUACAACAUAGUCGAAUGUCUAAAAGAUAAAUCCGAAAUGCCAGGUUCAAAUUGUUGUCAACCAGGAUGUACAGUUUCAAGUUCUAUUAAGCACAAAGAUAUCACCUUAUUCAGAAUUUCUAUGAGGACAGGAGACUUCUAUUAA